AUGCAAAGGAGGAAAACACAAAACCGUCAACAUAGGAAAGUCGAAGAAAUCUUCACAUACCACAUCACACCGGAUCAUUUCAGAAAUCUGGCAAUUUUCCACAUCACAUACAUCUCAACCAAUGGGCAUUCGGGCAAGGCGCGCGGGGAAAUUGGAGGGAAAGGGGAAGAAAUUCUUUCCAUUCUUGUCUUAUCUUGA